AUGGGGAACCACAAGAUACUCGAGAUCCUGCUCCAUGGCGGGGCCAAUAUUAAUGCCGUAGACGGGGAGGGGCGGACUGCGUUGCACUAUGGUGCCGAAAACGGGCACAUUGACGUGGUCAGGGUCCUCCUGGAGAAAAACGCAGACUCCAGUGUCGUUGACAACCACGGGAGCGGCGUGAUGCAUGUCGCGGUAGCUAACAACGCUGAAGCUAUCGUCCUUCUGUUGUUGGAGCAUGGCGUCGAUCCGAAUGUUUGA